GGAAAUGCAAGCGGAAUAAAAAUAGCAGGUUAAUUUGUAGAGUCAGUCAUUCAGGCUGUCUCAGUCAGGGCGAACUUUGUACAGGACGAGCAGAGACUCAACACCACUUCAGUUUGCACCAUCACAGCACCAUGUCUUACCUUCCAGCUCUCUUCAAAUAUGUGGAUGAACACCAGGAACAAUACGUUCAGCGCCUGGGUGAAUGGGUUGCUGUUCAGAGUGUGUCUGCCUGGCCCGAGAAACGAGGCGAGAUCAAGAAAAUGAUGGAGAUGGCUGCCAAAGACAUUGAGCGGCUGGGGGGCACCACAGAGUUGGUGGACAUUGGAAAACAGAAGCUGCCAAGUGGUGAAGAGAUACCUCUUCCUCCUAUAAUCCUGGGAAGGCUUGGCUCUGACCCUGGCAAGAAGACGGUGUGCAUCUAUGGACACCUGGAUGUUCAGCCUGCAUGCAUUGAGGAUGGCUGGGACACAGAGCCAUUUACUUUGGUUGAGAAAGACGGAAAACUUUUUGCCCGGGGAUCUACAGAUGACAAGGGCCCGGUGCUUGCCUGGUUUAAUGUCAUUGAGGCUUUUCAGAAGAUAGGACAGGAGCUGCCUAUCAAUAUCAAGUUCUGCUUUGAGGGGAUGGAGGAAUCUGGCUCAGAGGGUUUGGACGAACUGGUGUUUUCCCGCAAAGACUCUUUCUUCAAGGGCGUAGACUAUGUCUGCAUCUCUGACAACUACUGGCUGGGCAAGACCAAGCCUUGCAUUACCUAUGGCCUAAGAGGAAUUUGCUACUUCUUUGUAGAAGUGAAAUGCUGUGAUAAAGAUCUGCAUUCUGGAGUCUUUGGAGGAUCUGUUCACGAAGCAAUGACCGACCUGAUUACACUCAUGGGAACGUUGGUGGACAAGAAGGGAAAGAUCCAGGUACCAGGAAUUUAUGACAGCGUGGCACCAGUCACUGAUGAGGAGAAAAAGCUCUAUGAAAAAAUCGAGUUUGACUUAGAAGAGUAUGCACAAGAUGUGGGCACCAAGCGCUUGCUACACAGCAACAAGGAGCAACUGUUGAUGCAUCGUUGGCGGUACCCAUCUCUGUCACUGCAUGGAAUUGAGGGUGCGUUUUCUGCCACCGGAGCCAAGACUGUCAUUCCACGUAAAGUAAUUGGGAAGUUUUCAAUCCGUCUGGUGCCUGACAUGGAUCCCAAAGAUGUGGAAAAGCAAGUAGUUUCCUACAUAGAAAAGACAUUUGCUGAGCUGGAGACUCCCAACAAGCUUAAGGUGUACAUGGGCCAUGGAGCUAAAGCCUGGGUGUCUGACUUCAACCACCCCCACUACAUGGCUGGUAGAAGAGCCAUGAAGACUGUGUUCGGUGUAGAGCCCGAUCUGACCCGUGAGGGAGGAAGUAUCCCAGUAACUCUUACCUUCCAGGAGGCCACAGGACGCAAUGUCAUGCUGCUUCCUGUUGGCUCAUCAGAUGAUGGAGCCCACUCCCAAAAUGAGAAACUUAACAGAUCCAACUACAUCCAGGGCACUAAAAUGUUGGGCGCUUACUUCCAUGAAGUAUCUCAGCUCAGUUAACAGCACUCCAGUGGACCAGUGAAAACAAACUGUCUUAACAUGAAAAUGUUGUAUUGCUUUAAAAGCUUUUUGUAAUAAAAAAUAAUACAUAAGUUGGGAGCUUAUUGGAGUCUGCUAAGCAGGAAAUGUGUCAAAAUCUGUGCUAUCCUGUUUGUCAGUACUGAGAUGCAGGAACGACAGCUAUUUCAUGUGUAUGUAUUAAAGAAGCUACAUUAUUAA